AUGGCUGUAUUUGAGCGUUUGACUGAUCAAAAUCUUGCACAAGAUAUGGAUUAUGUUCUCGAUAUUGUUUGUAAGAUUGGAAAAGGAUCAUACGGCUGUGUAUACAAAGCAAGACAUCGUGAAACGGGUCAUCUGCUGGCGAUUAAGCAGGUCCCUGUUGAAAGUGAUCUUCAAGAAAUUGUUAAAGAAAUUUCCAUUAUGAAACAAUGUGACAGUCCAUAUAUCGUCAAAUAUUAUGGCAGUUAUUUUAAAGAUGCUGAUUUAUAUAUUGUGAUGGAAUAUUGUGGUGCUGGAUCAGUUUCUGAUUUAAUGAAAUUGCGUGGAAAAACGUUGAAUGAACAAGAAAUAGCUGUUAUAUUACGCUAUACUCUCAAAGGAUUAGAAUAUUUACAUUUGUGUAGUAAAAUUCAUCGGGAUAUCAAAGCCGGCAAUAUUCUGCUAAACAAUGAUGGACAAGCAAAAUUAGCAGAUUUUGGCGUAGCUGGACAACUAACCGAUACAAUGGCUAAACGAAAUACCAUGAUCGGCACACCAUUUUGGAUGGCUCCCGAAGUGAUCCAAGAAAUUGGGUAUGAUUGUGCUGCAGAUAUCUGGAGUUUAGGAAUAACAGCGAUUGAAAUGGCGGAAGGCAAACCACCAUAUGCAGAUAUUCAUCCGAUGCGGGCCAUAUUUAUGAUACCGAGUCGCAGUCCUCCAACAUUCCGUGACAUUACGAGGUGGAGUACAUCAUUAAAUGAUUUUGUUUCAAAAUGUCUUGUCAAAUGUCCAGAUAAUCGUUCGACAGCAACCGAAUUAAUAAAUCACGAUUUUAUUAAACAAUCAAAAGACAUUAGUAUUUUAAGACAAAUGAUUGAUGAAGCACGUGAAAUACAAGAACGUGUUCGUAGUAACACGACGAAUACACCGGUGACAACAUUAGCAAAUCUUGAAAAUGAAGGAGGUUUACAAUCGGGUCAGAAUGAUUUCACGCUGAAUGAUCGAACAAUUGUACCACAGCAACAACAAUCAAAAAACGCGAAUAAGGACAUGAUUACAUCAAUUGACAGGCAAAACUCUACAAUAAACGGUGACGAUACAUUUAAAACUAGUAGUUGUAAUACAAUGAUUGAGUUAUCAUCUGAAUCAUCCGAUACGAUGAUUAUUAAUGACAAUGAAACAGAAAACGAUACAGAUAGUCAAGAAACGUUGAAGAUUAUACAUAAACAGCAAGCACCUCUUGUUCAUUCAACGCCGGAUGGACAUGUACAUAAACCAGCAUUUCUUCAACAAAACCAAUACUCUAAACGGCCAAUGACAACGACAUCUACAGUAGAAAAUGAAAAAGAGAAAAAAGAAGCGUUUAUGAAAUUAAUUGCGCAAGAAGUUCGCCAAUAUAACAAAAAUGUUGAAGAUUUUGAACGAAAUAUUCAACAAUGGACAGUGGAAAAAAUCGAACAACGAUUAGCAUUACUCGAUGAAAUUAUGGAAAUUGAAUUAAAAGAAGUUCAAAAUCGUUUUCAAACAAAACGAAAACCGAUAUCAGAUGCAAUAAAAUUAAAAAAGCAAGCAAUGCCUUUCUGA